AUGAAACGAACGCCAUUUGCUCUCUUGUUGGUUUUCCUCGCAAUAAUUCCACUCCACUUUGCUUCCCCCGAGACAUUGCCUUCAACCAAGUGCCAUGAGCAGGAGCGGUCUGCCUUGUUAGAAUUCAAGCAAUUUCUCUUCCGUGCAGCGUCGGAAAUUUGCCUGUUUUCGGGCCACUCGUCAAAGCUAGAAUCGUGGAAGCUGGAAGACGGGGAUUGCUGUAGCUGGGAAGGGGUGGAGUGUGAUGAAGGGAUGGGCUACGUGACCGGCCUCGACCUCAGCCAAAGUUGUCUCUGGGGUUCUAUCAACUCGAACGCCGGCCUCUUUCGGCUCAUUCAUUUGCAAAGCCUCAACCUCGCCCUCAACGACUUCAAUAACUCUCAAAUACCAUCCUCCAUAGGUGAUCUAGUGGAGUUGGCGAGCCUGGACCUCUCUAGAUCCAGCUUCGGUGGUCAAAUCCCGUCACAACUCCUAGAGCUAACUAACUUGUCCUCCCUCGAUCUUUCUGGGAACAGCAGACUGGAGCUGAGGAAUCCCAGCGUGGAGAUCGUCGUUCAGAGCUUGACCAAAUUGGGACACCUCGAUCUUAGCUGGUUGAAUGCACCGGCUUUGAUUCUUGAUGCCGUCGCAAAUUUAUCUUCCUUGACAUCACUUGUGCUCCGAUUCUGCAACUUGCCAGGGACACUCCCAACAACCAUCUUCGAGCUGCCAAGGCUACAACUUCUUAAUUUGGAGGACAAUCCACAGCUAAACUUAAUUGCUAGUUUCACAGCCAUUAAAUGGUCAAAUCUUAUGACAUUGGACCUUAGGUACAAUGAUAUACAAGGAUUACUUCCCACUCCCCCGAAAGUCAUUAAAGGCUAUCUUGUCUCAAAUAACCAGCUAUCUGGAGAAAUUUCACUGGAGAUGUGCCAGCUAAGCUCUAUCAGCAUGCUUGAUCUGUCCAAGAGCAAGUUGACUAGUAUUAUUCCGCCAUGUCUAAGCAAUUUGAGCGAGACCCUUUCGACCUUGAGUCUGCAUGGCAAUGAUUUAUAUGGAAGAUUUCCUGUAUUGCAAAAUGACGUUUGUACGUUCAAUAUGAUUGAUGUGAGGCAUAACCGACUACAAGGGUCACUGCCAAGGGGAUUAGUUAACUGUAGCCGUCUGGAGUUUCUCAAUUUCCGAAAUAAUCAAAUCAUCGACACUUUUCCUUCGUUAAUGGGCUCACUUUCUGAUUUGAAGGAGCUCAUUUUGAGUUCCAAUAGAUUUCACGGGGCCAUAGGGGAACCUGAAGCUCCUGACCAGUUUCCUAACCUUCGAACUGUUGAUCUGUCCCUUAACAACUUCUCAAGUAGCCUUCCAUUUGAAUACUUUGGUAUUUGGAGAUCCAUGAAAGUCCACUAUGCAUAUGAUGCAUGCUACUAUGAGAAUUAUGUGCCCUCUUACCUCCCUCUCCCCCAGAACGGGGGAGAGUACGACUUCCCAAUGACAAUAAUGAACAAAGGCAUUGCAAUGGAGUACGAAAAAAUAUCGGGAUACCUCACUGCUAUUGAUCUUUCGAGCAACAACUUCAUCGGGGAAAUCCCGAAUUCUGUUGGAAGUUUAACUGAACUUCAUAUGCUCAAUCUCUCCAACAACGCUCUCACCGGCUCCAUCCCUACAAUUAAACAAGUCAAUUUCCUUGCUUUCUUCAAUGUGUCGAACAACCAUCUUUCUGGGCCCAUACCUCGAGCAAACCAGUUCACUACAUUCGACAAUGACUCUUAUGGAGGGAACUUAGGAUUGUGCGGAGUUUCUCUGACACAGAAAUGUAGAAAUCCUGUCGAAGCGCCACCGGCACCACCAUCUGGUGCAUUGGCCAAAGAGGAUCCAGGGACCUGGUUCGAAGAACUUGACUGGAAAAUUGUCUUGGUGGGUUUUGGAAGCGGGCUGGUGAUCGGCGUGGUGAUGGGACACAACACAACCCCGAGAGUUCAACAUUGGUUCGUGAAGAAGCUUUUUGGGCAAAGGCAGAGGACCAGAGCCACAAAAGGAGAAGGCAAAAUGUUGCAACAGCAUGACAUUCCACAUUAA